AUGACGUUUGUUGAUUCGAUUGAUUCGCUUCCGAAUGGCGCUUCAUUCUUUCGGCAAAGCAAAGCGUUAAUGCACUUGGAAAAGUCAAACAUCAAAGCAGUCAACGUUUACAGUCAGUCGUCAGUUGACUGGUUUGCCGGGCUUCCUUUAAACAGACAGGAAAAAAAAAACAUUAAAAGGGCACUUCUGAAAGUUGGUGAUAGAGCCGAAAACCAAAAUUGCUUCCUGGCAGUUAUUACGAACUUGAAUUUGAAUACAACAACGUAA